AGCUACUACAACCUCAUGGACUGGGCUGCGUUGGCGCUCUACUUCGCCUCGUACGCGCUGCGCUGCAUCGUCGACGUGCGAGUUCAGGCCGCCUCGGCCAAGUUCGCCUCCAACCUGACCUGCGCUCGAGCCCUCCUCUUCGAGCGAUCGCCUUGCAGCCCGGCCAUGCCGCUCGGACCUCUCGAACCCCUUGCACCCCUCACACCGCUCACACCUCUCGCACCCCUUGUACCCCUGGGACCGCUGGGACCGCUGGGACCGCUGGGACCGCUGGGACCGCUGAGAUCGGACGACACCGAGGCGAGGCGAGCCGGCGACGCUGUCGGACUGGGCUUCUCGACGACCACCGACUCGACCUCCGCAGCCAGAUCGGGCCUGCUCGACAUCGCCGGACUCUCGGACCUGGCCAGCUCGUUGCCGGAGGCCUAUUUGAUCUUCCGCAAUCGUCUGCUCAUGCGCGAAGACGCCUACUGGCUGCGAGGAUUUCCCGGUCGACCCGACCACCUUUUGGCUCUCAGACUAUCCUUCCUUUUUUUGUUCGGACGUGAGUUGGUUGUCGAGACUACAACUGAUUGUCGCGUAAAACUACUCACUUACGAAGUAAAGUUGAAUGCAGCUUUGAGUCACGGUAUUUCGGGAGCUUGUAAAUCUACACAAGAGAAAUUGCAGACCCUUAUGAACGCUGUUAACCGUUACAACCGACUGGAAGAGAUUUCGCCUGAAUGGAAGGUAAUGGAGUCGAGAAAUUCACUGGCAACUUGA